AACUCAUUAGUACCCCACUACCUACGUACCCAAUUAUUUCAGUCAUCAAUGGCGGACAUUAUUCACCAAAAAUCAUAUCUUUUCCUGCAUAGCUUCAUCUUCUUUAACCAUCUUACUUUUAUGUUUUCUCAAUCCAUAGAUAAUAAUGAAAUACUUCAUUGCCUCAACAACAAUAAAAUUACUAAUUUUACUUUACACCCAUCAUCGAAACAUCAUUCUUCCAUACAUUUCAAUCAUCUUCUUAAAUUUUCUAUCCAAAAUCUAAGGGUAGCAAAAGAUUCAACCCCAAAACCAACGGCUAUUAUCUUGCCUGAAAGUAAGGAACAGGUAGUCAACUCUGUGUUGUGCUGUAGGAGAUCAUUGAUGGAAAUCAGAAUCAGGUCAGGUGGACAUAGUUAUGAGGGAAUGUCCUCUAUUCCACGUGGCAACAACCCAUUUGUCAUCAUUGAUAUGAUGAAUAUGAACCGUGUGAUUGUUGAUCUGGAAUCUGAGACAGCUUGGGUAGAAAGUGGAGCAACACUAGGGGAAUUAUACUCUACUAUUGCAGCACACAGUAGUUACUAUGGGUUUCCGGCUGGAGUAUGGCCCAGUGUUGGUGUUGGUGGUCAUUUUUCUGGGGGUGGUAUUGGGGUUUUGAGCAGAAAGUAUGGCCUUUCUGCUGAUAAUGUGUUAGAUGUGGGCUUAGUUGAUGCCGAAGGGCGGGUUUUUGACCGGGCCAAGAUGGGCGAGGAGGUGUUUUGGGCAGCACGAGGAGGCGGUGGUGGGAAUUGGGGGGUUGUUUAUGGUUGGAAGGUCCAACUAGUCCAUGUUCCUGAAAGGGUCACUUGUUUUAGUGUUACCAAACAAGGCACAAAUCAUGAAUUAGCUGAAUUGAUACAUAAGUGGCAAUUUGUUGCUCCAUACUUGGAUGAUGGUUUUCAUAUCUCAGUUUAUCUAACUAGUGGCACAACUAAAGAAGUUUAUGUUACAUUCAAAGGGCUUUAUCUAGGGUCAAAAAUCGAUGCGCGAACUAUAGUUAAUGAACAUUUUCCGGAGAUGAAGAUUCUUGAACAAGACUACCUCGAAAUGAGAUGGAUCAAUUCGGUUUUGUACUUCUCCGACCUUCCUAAAGGAAGCACAAUCAACGAUUUGAAAUCUCGAUCUUUGUCGUAUAAAUCAUACAUAAAAACCAAGUCGGACUAUGUUAGAGAACAUGUCUCUAUCAAGGGCUUAGAGGGUGCACUCGAAAUGUUGGCCUCAGAGCCUAAGGGGCUUAUGCUAUUGGAUCCUUAUGGCGGAGUUAUGGAUCGGAUAAGCAAUGACUCGAUUGCAUUUCCUCAUCGAAAAGGAAACUUAUAUAACAUUUUGUAUGCUUUAUUUUGGCAAGAAGAAGAUGAAGAAAAUCGGUGUUUGAGUUGGAUUAGCGGUAUAUAUAACUACAUGACACCGUAUGUAGCAUCGAAUCCUCGAGCAGCCUAUGUUAAUUACAUUGAUCUUGAUCUUGGCACGAUUGAUGACAACAAUGGUGAUAUUGUAGAAAAGGCAAGAGCAUGGGGGGAGAAGUAUUUUUUAGGUCACUAUGAAAGAUUGGUGAGCAUCAAAAAUAUUAUUGAUCCACAAAAUGUAUUCUUUCAUCAACAAGGGAUCCCUCCUUCUAAAGUACAAAUACAAGACGAGUUGUAAUUUGAUUGUGUAUGUAAUGCUUCCUUAAUGUUGUAUUAUGCCAUGAAAAUAAAAGUCAGGGACACUAAGACAUGCAAGGAGGACAAUUGUAUUACUCAUUUGGGAAGGUAUUAGAUAUUAGAAGAGGGUAUUAGUAUUGAAAAGGGUGAGAAAAUAGGGUUUUAUUCCAAUUAGAGCUUUUACUACUUCCUCCAAGAAGAAUCUGAGUUCCAUUCUCUUUCCCUAAACCUCCCCUUCAAAAUAGAAAAGCUAAAAGAAAGUAUUGAUAAGAGUGCAUCUGUAUUAUUGAAUUAUACUCUCUCUCGGUCCCUUUUGUUUUUACCUCUAUUUUUUGUUUAGAUUCAAAUGUCAAUUUAAAACUUAAAUAUCUUCUAUUGUGUAUGUGAAGAUCAUUUAAAAUUUUUGGAAAAUAUACAUUGAGAAGAAUCUAUUAAAAUUUCAUGUGAAUAUAUCUUUUAGAUAAAUUGAGGAGACUGAAUAAUCUAUCAGAAUCUAUCAAAAUUCAAAGUGGAAAUAUCAAAUUUACCAAAAUCUAUUAUAAAAUCCGCGUGAAUCUAUCAAAACCUAUUAAAUUUAUUAAAAUCUCACGUGAAUAUCUCUAAAUAAGAGAAACAAAUAAGGAAAGAAUAACUAAUUUGGGAUGUCUAUAGCAACAAAUACAACCAAAUCAAUACACUUUUGCAUAGAAGAAGAUAAUCUCAGCAAUGGAUAUGAACGGCCUAAAACCAAUCAAAUGCUGACCCACAACAAUAAAUUACUGAUGAUGUUCAACAACACAACAAUGGAGUCUUAAUGUAACAUUCGGGAAAAUUAAUAUUUUAAGACGAGUAAGUUUAAGAGAAUUAUCAGUGCGAGAUUGAUCCUAGAUAUACAUGACAUAAAA